CUUUUUCAUUACAGUCCAGAGAGAAGGGACCACUAAGGAAAAAGUGUGUUCUGGAGGAAGGGGAGAAAUAAAAGAUGGUGGAGAAGGGAAAGCUACAAGCUCGUAUUUUGGAAUUACAUAGACCUGGAAGGAAAUCUCGUUUCUGCUACAGACUGCACUGCGGGGUCGUGGGAGGUCACGAGUCACAUCACCUGAGGAGCUUUCAUUUGCUCACCUGGAAACGAGGACACUCAUACCUGCUCAUGGGGCCAUCCUGCGGACCAGGUGCUACAAGUUUUAUCAACACUGUCAGCGUCGGCGUCAUUGUUACCAUCCUUAUGAACUUCACCAUCAGCAUCAUCGUCAUCAUUGCCGUGAACUUCACCGUCCCCACCAGCGUCAGCAUCAUUGUCGUCAUCGUCAUGAACUUCACCAUCACCACCAGCAUCAGCAUCAUCGUCAUGAACUUCACCAUCACCACCAGCAUCAGCAUCAUCGUCAUGAACUUCACCAGCAGCGUCACCAGCAGCAGCAGCAGCCAUGAUACCAGCAUGACCAUCAUCCCCAUCGUCACUCUCACCUGGUGGGUCAUGACGAUGGACAAGUGUAGGGCCAUCAUUUGUGGUUUUCUGAUGCAGACAAAAGGACUCAACAAGCUCUAUUUCUAUUUUUUGAGAGGCAAUAUGAGGAAAGAACAAGCAGAACACAAAUCAUUUGGAAAAAAGUUUGAUUUAUGCCUGCAGUGACAUACAGUCACUUUUCAACUCUGUUCAUUAGCUUGUGGAAUCUCUUGAACCCUCAGCUCUUAAGACACGGUUCUGAACCCGGUGAAGGCUUCAGCUCAGCUUGGAAAUGAAAUGUGAAGCAUGAUAAAGAUGAAAGACAGUUUGCAAGACGCCUGAGCAUGGAA